CAUGACUUUGUAGUUAUUAAUUUUGUUUGAAUUGUUUCAUUCCAUUCCUCUGGCGGGGAUAUCUUGUUCUUCUUCUUCAAGAUGGACAUGGACGAUAUUUACAAGAUGUUGAUUGUGGGAACCUCAAUCAAGCGCAAAAGACCCCCUAGCAUCGUCAGUAGUUCGACUGACUUUUCGACGGGAAAUGCCGAAACUGCUGCUGCGUUAGAUUUUUUCGGUGACAACAAAAGGCAAGAUGUGGCUGUAUUAGAUGAGCAGAAACCAAUUUCUAGAAAGCGCUCAGCAGAAGAUGACACUCCCUCUUCGUCACCGAAAAAGAAGAAAAGGGAUGCUGCGUCCACGCCAGAACCCACUGAGUCACCCACUGGCAAGUCGUCAAAGAAGAAGAAGAAGAAGUCUUCUGAGCAGCAGCAGCAAGAACUUGUGGCUGCACAGCGUGAGAAGGCCAAUGCUGUUCGUAAUCAGCACGAGAUUUCUGUGAGAGGAACUGACAUACCUGACUGCGUCGAAAGCUUUGAUGAGAUGCAAACGCUGUAUAACUUUCCGCCGUACCUGUUGCCCAACAUUCGCAAGUCGGGCUACAGUUCGCCAACACCUGUACAGAUGCAAGCCGUACCGCUCAUGAUGAUGCACCGGGAAGUACUGGUCUGCGCACCAACUGGCUCUGGAAAGACGGCAGCAUUCCUUCUCCCACUGCUGGCUCAUUUGAAGGAGCCGAAGAGAGAUGGAUUUCGAGCGUUAGUUGUUGCACCAACUCGGGAAUUGUCGCGGCAGACCUUCCGCGAGCUAUCCAGGCUAUGCGAUGGUUCUGGAUUCCGUGUCCACGUGCUAACCAAGGCCACAUCGUCGUCAUUUGGUGCUUCCAGCAGUCAGCGAUUUGACAUCUUGGUUAGUACACCUAACCGGCUUGUGCAUCUACUGGAGCAGGACCCAUCGGGAAUCGACCUGUCCGCUGUGCAGUGGUUAGUUCUGGAUGAAGCUGAUAAGCUGUUUGAGAAAGGAAAGGAGAGCUUUGAAGAACAGAUCUCUACCGUGCUUGCAGCGUGUACACACGGACAAUGCUGCCGUGCCCUCUUCAGUGCUACACUUGGCAAUGGUAUUGAAGACUGGUGUCAGGGCUACCUGGCCAACUACACACGUAUUAUUGUCGGCCAGAAGGGUGCUGGAGCUGGGAGCAUAAACCAGCAGCUCAAGUUUGUCGGCCAGGAGUAUGGCAAGAUCCUGGAGAUGAGAAUGAUGGUGAAGCGCGGUAUGAACCUCCCUGUCCUGGUCUUUGUACAGUCGAAGGACAGGGCGAAGGCGCUAUUCAAGGAGCUCGUGUAUGAUGACAUGCGUGUGGACGUGAUCCACUCUGACCGCACACAAGCACAGCGAGACAGCAUCAUCAGUGCGUUCAGAGCUGGAAAGAUUUGGAUUCUGAUAUGUACGGAGCUGAUGAGCCGUGGCAUUGACUUCAAGGGUGUCAACACCGUCAUUAACUACGACUUCCCCACAUCAGCCGUCGACUACAUUCAUAGAAUAGGACGCACUGGCCGUGCUGGUCGCAGUGGUGAUGCCAUUACGUUUUUCACUGAGAGCGAUUUCGUCAAUCUGAGAAGCAUUGUGAAUGUGAUGGUAGCAUCAGGCUGUGAAGUGCCAGAGUGGAUGCUACAGCUAAAGAAGCCCAGCAAGAGAGACAGAAAGAAGCUUCGACAGAAGCCAACGGAGCGCAAGACACCAUCAUCUAUGGUCAAGCACGACAUUACACAGGCCAAGAAAAAGCGUGAGAUGAUAGCGGCAUCCAAGAAAAGAAAGCAGCGUGCUGCUGAAGAAGCCUGAGCGGGGUCUGACUGAAUUUUGGUUCGUGCCCAUCUCUCACUGCCUCCUUUAUCAGGCUAUUGUCCUGCCAUGCUGCUCACAUGGUGCUUCCCCUGUGCUCUCUGGUACUUUUCUGUUAUGACCGUAUCGGCCUGUCACAACCUGCUAAGCAUUAUGGUAUUUCCUGUCACAGCCUCCAACUUCUGCGUGCCUGUACAGCAUUUGCUUAUCACCGUUAGCAGUGCGGGUAUAGGUCUUUGUGUCCACGCACAUGUCCUGUAUUGGGUAAAUGUGCUUCGCUUAACACUACACUGUUGCUGGGCUGCGCUAUGAUAUCGGCUGGUGGGUGUAGUAGUCACAUUGGCCAAUCUGGAACAUCUGGAACGUUGCUGUUUUGUAUUUAGAGCAGCUUGUUUGUAUGUCGCUCUCAUAGAUUUUGAAGAUUGAUGAACUUUAUUAUAGCAGAAUUUCCAUCUCUUUCUUUAGUAACCCCCUCAAACUUCAGUUUUGUACCGAUCUGCUCUGGUUGCACGAGUUGCCAGAACUUGCACGAGUUGCCAGAACUUUACAACUUUCACUGGUUGUGUACCGUGUACAUGUUGGUAACACAGAUCAUGCUGUCUA